CAAGCUCUGCUUUCCUCAUUUUCUCUAAACCGAAAAACUCAGCAAAAAUCACACCAUGCAAAUGGAAAAGCUUCUUCUUUUUCUCCUCUUGUUCUUCUCAAUCCUGCUUUCCCCUGCAGCUUACACUCCCCCAAAUCACUUCUUCAUCAACUGUGGCUCAGAUACAAACGCAAGCGUCAGCGGCAACCCCAACCGGACCUUUAUCGGGGAUUUGAUCUACCCAGACCGAAAAACUCAGCAAAAAUCACACCAUGCAAAUGGAAAAGCUUCUUCUUUUUCUCCUCUUGUUCUUCUCAUCAAUCCUGCUUUCCCCUGCAGAUUACACUCGCCCAGAUCACUUCUUCAUCAACUGUGGCUCAAAAGCCAACUCCAGCCGCAGCGAUGGCCGGACCUUUAUCGGGGAUUUGAUCUACCCAGGUGGUUCCUUGUCUUUUACCAAGCAAAGAAGCUCUGUGAUAACCAACAGCCAGACAUCAGAUGUUCUGUACCAAACAGCAAGAAUUUUCAAGCAGCAGUCUUCCUACAAGUUUGACAUCGACACUGCUGGGAUUUAUCUGGUACGUCUUCAUUUCUUCAAUUCAACUGAUGUCUCCACAGCUGUUUUUUAUGUUUCGACUGAUCGAGUUUCCCAGUUGAAAAAUUUCACCAUUCCAAGAAGCAGUACCAACGAUAGCAAUUCUCCCCUUAUAGACGAAUUCCUCCUAAACAUCCCUCAAGGAAAAUUUUCGAUCUACUUUACCCCUCAAGGAUCCUCUUUCGCCUUCAUAAACGCCCUAGAAGUCUUCCUUGCCCCAGAAAAUUUCAUCCCUGACAAGGCUCCAACACCAACUAAUAAAAAGUAUACUGGUAUCCUCUCCAACGCUUUACAGACAAUUUACAGAAUCAAUGUUGGGGGAGAAACAAUAACACCAGAGACUGAUACCUUAUGGAGGACAUGGAAGCCUGAUGAUGAGUUUUUAUAUAAUCCGAACACGGGAAAGAGCGCAUCAACUUCGGGUUUGCCUAAGUAUAAUGGAGAAGUUACUAAUUAUAUUGCACCUGCUCCGGUGUACCAAACUGCCAGACGGAUGAACACAGAUGGUGGUUCUAACUUCUCAAACAUAUCCAAUAUUAUGACGUGGUCCUUCAGUGUGUCUAAGAAUUCUAGCCAUUUUGUUCGGGUUCAUUUUUGUGACAUUGUUGGUACAUCAGUGGGUAGCAUUAUAUUCAUUUUGUACCUAAAUGGCAUCGACCCUCAGAAAGUCGAUUCCUAUGAAAUAUCAGGCGACUUGCUUACUCCGUUUUACUUGGAUUUUGUAGUUGAUUCUGAUGAGUCAGGGGUUAUGAAUAUCUACCUUGUUCCCUCGGAAGAUUCACCGGAGGUUCUUAUGACAUAUUUGAAUGGAGUGGAGAUAAUGGAGAUUAUAGGGGAAUUAAAUGUAGUUAUCGAGCCAGAUAAAAGUAAGAAAACUGUCUUCCUUGUGGUCGGUCCUGUUGGGGGUCUACUUGUUUGCGUCUUGGCAGUUGGGUUGUUUAUUUUUUUGAAGAAGAGGAAGAGAAGAUCGGUUGAAACUUCAGUUUGGUCGCCGUUCAAUGUACACGGCGGCGGAAGCUCCAAUAGCAAGGGGACUGACAGAACCAUCAAUGUCUUCCGGUUCCCAAAUUUGAACCUUGGCCUGAGAAUGCCCUUCACCGAAAUUCAGUCUGCUACAAACAAUUUUGAUGAGAAGCUGCAGAUUGGAAAGGGUGGAUUCGGAAAUGUUUACAUAGGAAAAUUCAAAAACGGCUCGAAAGCUGCAGUAAAACGGGGUCAACCAAGGUCCAGCCAAGGGUUAUCGGAAUUUCAUACAGAAAUCAUGAUCCUAUCCAAAAUCCGCCACCGCCAUCUUGUUUCCCUGAUAGGAUACUGUGAUGAAAGGUCUGAGAUGAUACUGGUAUAUGAAUUAAUGAAAAAUGGAACAUUGCGGGAUCAUCUUUACAAAACAAACCUGCCCUGCUUGCCCUGGAAACAAAGACUUCAAAUCUGCAUCGAUGCAGCUAGAGGCCUUCAUUACCUCCACAAAGAAUGUGCUGGCGGAAUCAUCCAUCGUGAUAUCAAGUCGACGAACAUCCUGCUCGAUGAAAACCUCAUCGCCAAAGUUGCAGAUUUCGGGCUCUCCAAGUCAGUUCCAAUGGAUCAAACCGAUGUAAGCACAGGGAUCAAAGGCACAUUUGGUUACCUAGAUCCUGAAUACUUCAAUACACAUCAAUUAACUGAGAAAUCCGAUGUUUACUCCUUCGGCGUGGUGCUUCUUGAGGUGCUAUGUGCAAGACCAGCUAUUAUUAGUGGAGAUCCCCAGCUUCCAAUGGAACAGGUGAACUUAGCGGAAUGGGGACUUCUAUGCCACCGAAAAGGGUUGCUUGAGACGAUCGUGGAUCCAUCAAUAAAGGGUCAGAUCAAUCCCAACUCACUGAGGAUAUUUGCGGAGACGGUAAAGAAAUGUCUGCUAGAAGAUGGUGCGAAUCGACCUAGCAUGGACAAAGUGCUGUGGGACUUGGAAUAUGCUUUACAUCUCCAGCAAACUGCAGUGUACAGAGAGCCUCAUGAGGACAGCACCAUUGAUGCUACCUUUGGUUUGCGAUUGGUUAACGUCCAACGACUCCCUUCACUUAGCCUGCAAAUUGAGAAAGACGACAUGCCCAUUUUGAGGGACAGCACUACAGAUGAGGCUUUCCCAUCUGCUAGUGAGUUUUUUCACAACUGAGAGUCAACGGUGCAAGAUAAGGCCUUUAAUUCUCUUUCAAAUUGGUCUUUAAAUGUGAGGCUAUACUCUGCAUUAUGAUCAGUCCAUC